UUCAGGAGCCAAUGAUUCGGUUAUUAAGGCAAGUUUAUUUUCUGUUUUGGAAGACCUAUUGAGAAAUCUAACUACUACUACAUUUUUUUAUAUAAACCCCCCCAAACAGCAAUAUCUCUCCUCAGAGAUGUUUUGAUUGGAUAACACCACCAAUAGAGUUAUGCCGCUUGAUUUUGCUGUGGUACAUAAAUGACCUUUUGGGGUUUGUUACUUAUAUAGUAUCCAGGACAUCCCAUCAUGUCCAAGGUGGGGUACAAAGUCUCCUCCACUGCCAAGGUGGAGCAGAUGGAAGCAGAGUUGUCUGUCCAGCUGUCGGCUCUCAGAACUGAAAUAGAGGAGAAUGGAUCUCCCCUGGAAACACCCUCCAAGUCUUACAGCUCAGUUCCAGUUCCUAAAGAUGUAUCGUACUUUCGUAUGGAGAGAGAGCAGGUCCUGAGGAGAGGUCUUCAGGUGGCAGAAGCACUGCCAGUGGUGCCUCUGUCUAAUGUGCUACAGAGAGAGCUGCAAAGCUGCCUAAGCCUGGAGUACACACCUGAGAGUCUGCCUCUUCUCCUGCACCAGUUUUAUGCAGACCGAUGCUACCAGUUGGCCCAGAUCAAGUACCUGCUGAUGCUGAGAUGGAGACGGUUCUGUCGUCACUCCCACAUCAUUGAGCAGCUGUAUCCAUUCUACAAGGCCCAGGUAUCAAACCUGGUCAGUGAGUAUGAGGAUGCUGUCCAGCGGGCCAGGAGACUGGCUGUUUCCAGGGAGAAGGUCCUGACAGGGCGGGGCAACCCCAUCAACACGGUCACCCAGGAAGAUGUGACCAUCUACCUCACCUGGCUGGUUUGUCACCUGCAUGCCUCCAAGACCAUCCACCACUUCCUGACAGUGAUCCACUACAUCCCAGCCUCUGAGAAGAGGGAUAAAGAUUAUUCUGAGUUAUUAAGGAAGUCCCCAUCAAGUUCCCCAGUGCUGAUUGAAUCUGUCCACACAUCUUCAGAAGAUAAAGACCAAGUCUUUCCUGGGCUUGAGGGGAUGUUUAGACUGGCUAACCAAGUUCCCAUGCACACUGUGAAACUGGAGGAGUUCCUCCCAGAACUACAAAGCCUGGUCUCCUACUUCCGUUUGCCCUACGACACCCAAAAUAUCAGGAACACUGCAGAGGAGAUGGAGCUCUUCAGCAAGAUCUCAAAGGAGUUCAGGGUGAUCUUCAGACAGCAGGAGGUGAUGAAGACCUUCCUCCAGUAUGAUGGGACAGAGGCUGUAGAGGGACAGUGGGGGAGGAAGAGGAGCACCAUGGCUCUGAGGAAGAACGCUAACUGGAUACCAUACAUUCAGGUGAAGCCCAAACGGGAUCCCUGGCAACAGAAACUUGUCACCAAGCUGAAGGAGCUCCAGUCUUAUGAUGAGUUGCUGAGGACUCACUGCAGGUUCCUCCAGCUGUCAGAUCCUGUCGUAGUGACUGAGGCCCUGAGGGAGCAUGCUUCCCAGGUAUGUGACCCUCAGGCCAUCCAGCCCUCAUCAUCGCUGACAUCAUCACACACCAACAGACACAACACCUUGCAGAUCUGGACCAGCAUUUACAGCGCUGCCAAUCUUUAUCAGGCAUGUAUUACCUACUAUAGCUACCGGAGCAGCAUGCAGCUGUUGGGUUUGGAUGAGGGCCAGGAGGGGGAGGAGGGUACCUCAGACACCGUCACAGCCAGGGGAGCCUACCUGUCACUCCUCUACCUUCGACACCUCAAGAUCAGGGAACUGCAGGUGAGCUUCAUCCAAAGAGACUUGCGUGAUUGCUGCUGGAAUUGA